AAUUGGCAUGGUUGCUCUGGUGUUCAUACUCACAUGACUAAUACAAGAAUAACUGACAUUGAAAUCGUUGAAAGACGUUAUCCUGUUCAUGUUCGCCAAUUUAUGCUCAGAGCACGAAGUGGAGGUUCAGGAAAAUUUAGAGGUGGAGAUGGGGUCCUGAGAGAGUUAAUGUUCAGAGCGCCUCUCACCCUGUCCGUUCUUACUGAGAGAAGGGUUCUUCAGCCUUACGGACUAGAAGGUGGCGGUCCUGGAGCCCGAGGUCUCAAUCUUCUGAUCAGAUCGGACGGCAGAACUAUCAAUCUGGGCCCAAAAACCGCAGUGCCAGUCUUACCGGGGGAUGUUUUCCAGCUGCAAACACCUGGAGGAGGAGGAUUCGGUGUCGAGGAAAUGACUGGAAUCGGAGAGGAAACUGCGUCUCGAGGGAGAGACGAAAAUUACGUCACAAGGCGAGGGACUUUCGUGGAACGCGGCAGCGUUUUUGAGUACAGACAGGCGCAAGAGAGCGUCUAAAGUUAGUUUGAUAUGUUGACUUUUGUUUUCUCUAAAUCGUUGAUGUUGUUAUAAUGCAGAUUAGAGGGGUGCUAAUUAGUACAAAUAUUGUAGUAGUUGGUGUUUUUGGGGUAUUAUAUGCAUGGCUAUAAUUA